CGAGAUCGAUCUCCUAUGCGUAGUCGCCAAUCUAAUAAAGACCGAUCACUGCCCCGUGAUAGGUCACCACCACCUGAUCGAUUCCGUAAUCAAGGGAAUCGUGAACGGCCUUCGAAACGUGCUUUCGAAGAACAAAAGCUGCCAAAGAAUUCCAAUCGUCCGAAUUCAUCCGUUGAUCUUGACAAUUACGAUCAAUGUCAAGAUUUUAAUAAUUUUGAACGAAACGAUCGACAUGGUUUCGUUGUGGAGAGAACGUAUCCUAACGUUCCCGAAAAAUCUUCGAGGGAGUACGGCAACGACCCCAAUAAUUCCACAUUUAUCAAAUCCAAUGAAAAUAUUUUCCGUCAACCAGGAACUAAUACUAGUGGUCCGCCGGCUAAAAUUGCGAAAUUUAAUAAAGAAGGUUUCCAACCCGGAAACCACUUAUCACAUCCACCUAUCAUUGCUCCUAAUAAUGCUAUGUAUAAACAGCAAUUAAUAGAACAUAGUUAUUUUCGUGAAAAAUCUGCCUUUUUAUUAGCAGCUAAAAUUAUUGCUAAAGGCAAGCUGGGAAAAAUUAACAAUCACAGGGAAGUUACUCAACACUUGAAAAAAUGUAUAAUGUCGCGAAUUGAUGUUAUUCUCGGAGAUCGAAUUGUGAAUUCUUUAGAUGAAAUGAUAAACAGCUAUCGACAGAAAUUCGGCGUUAGCGAUGACGCCAAUUUCUUGAAGGCUGUUAUGGAAAAAUUAGCACGUGAUAAAGCAGAGCCAGACAAUUCCGGACAAGGUGUUAAAAAUAAACCUCCCCAAUUUAACAAUCAAAAUAUAAUGUCCAAAUAUAAACUUAUCCGGAAUCUUCCAAAAGUAAAUCAGAAUCAAAAUGCUGCUGCUAACAAACCAAUACAGAAAACCAAUCCAAAUAAACCAGCUGCCAAUAAACAGAUGAAAUCACCAAAUAUUCCCAAAAAUGUUCCUCAAAACGUUCCUAAAAACUUUCUACAACAGAUUGCGAGUAAAUACCCCGAAGGAAAAACCAAUCCAAAUAAACCAGCUGCCAAUAAACAGAUAAAACCACCGAAUAAUCCCAAAAAUGUUCCUCAAAACGUUUCGCAAAACGUUCCACAACAGACUGCGAGAUUGCCGAAAUACCCCGAAGGAAAUAAGCAGUUGUACAAAGAUCAAAAGCAAAUACAAAAAUUGGAACAGAAUUCUGAUUUGUAUACUCUGGAACCAAUUUUUGAAAAAGCAGUCAACAAAGAGAUGGGUCGACUAAAUAAUGCGUUUUUAGCUGGGUGUAUCGAAUCAUCAAGUGAGACUCAAGAGCUUGUUAGUCAGAGAAUAAUAAAGCAUACAGUCAGAUAUUUUAAUCAGGUUGUAAAACUCCAAAUAACGAAACGCUUGCUUGAUAUAAAAGAUAAUCUAAUUGUCAGAAUAUUCACAAAUCCGAAAAAUCCGAAACGCGAUGAAUUAGACGCAUUCCUUAGAAGCGUUGGAGUUGUUAAUUUGAAGAAAUCGGAUAAAAACAAAAUGUUUGUGGCCAAUUGCGAUAGUUAUGAGAGCUAUGAUAAGUUAACUGCUAUGAAAACAGCUAAGAUAGGUGAUACUGAGAUAACUUUCAAACCUUUACAUUUAAUUGGACCACCUGAAAAGAAAAGUAAAGGGAAAAAAGCAAAAAAACUUAAAAAGAAAUAUGAAUCUAUGGCACCAUCAGAUGAAGAUAUAGAUGCAGCGGAGUUUCAAGAUUUCACAAGUGACGAUAUAUUCAAUGAUAAUAAACCAAAACCGAAAGAAGAUCUUAAUGCAAGUCUAGACGUAGUUCUAAUAGAAAAAAAAAACGAGAUUGUAGUCAUCGAGGAUGAUCAUAAAGAUGAGAAAGUUGAAAAUAAUGUGGAAAUAAUUGAUAUUACGGCAGAUGACAAUAUUAUAAAUAAAGAUACAAAUACCGAAAUUAAAAAUAAAAGUAAGGUACCUCAAAUACUUGAAGUCCAACAGGAUAUAAUUGAAACCGAAAGUAUUACAGGUGAAGUUGAACAGCAUAUCGAAAACAAAGUUGAGGAGAAUAAUUCAAAACUAGGAGAUGAAAAUCAAGAAGGUGAAGAAAAUCAAGAAGGCCAUGCAAAUCAAGAAUGUGAUGCAAAUCAAGAAGUUAAUGCAAAUCAAGAAGGUGAUGCAAAUAAAGAAGGUGAUGCAAAUCAAGAAGGUGAUGGAGUAAAUGAUGAUAAAAAUAAAACAGAAAUAGGAGCAACUGUGGUAAAUGAUAUUGACGAUAGUAUCCUAGAUUCUGUUGAUGCAUUGGCAGACGAUGAUUUAGAAGAUUUUUAAAGAAUAUGCAAUUUUUUGUAUAUUUAUUGUUAAGACUACGUGUCAUUAAAAUAUUUUCGUUAAUUUAGAAGGAAAAUAAUUUUUGUUUUAUAAUAUAAAGUACUUGUAACUUGUAACUUGUAAUUUGUUGUAACUUGUAAUGUAGUUUAAUUAAAGAAUUAUCAAUAAGUGAAA